CUCCCAUCCGAUUUGCGCGCAAGUACUAUCGGCGACGCCCAGGCUGAAUUCGAGGGUCGUAUAAUGUUUUGUUUCAAUAAUGUCUUUAUUUGCUUCUCUAUCUCGGUUUGUAAAUGCAGCGGGUAUCUAUACGGUCUAUUUUGCAAGGGUCUGGCUCCAUCCAUUAAGUCAAUUUUGUGAACAGUCUUGCCCCUAAAUGUUCCUAUUCUUCCAUCUUCUUUCACAAAGGCAUCCUUAUUUGUCUCUAAAAUCUCUCUUAAUUCUACUAAUCCUUCUCUACUCAAAAUUGUUCCAUCCAACACUAUCCUUUCAAAAAUUGGUUUCUCAGUAUUAUUUAUUGGCUCGUCUGGCAAUCUCUUUAUCCAAUUAGCCUCCUCUGGUAUUUGAUCGACUCUCUCUUUAAACUCCUUCCACUCUUCAUCAGUCAUAAAUGCUUCCUCUCCCUCUAUCACCGACUCAAUUUUAAGCU